AUGGCAACCUUGGUGAGUACACUAUUGCUAUCUCGAGAUGUCUUUGAAUCACAAGCGAAUGUAAUUAUCAAACAACUAAUCAAGCAGACGCCACUUGAUUUUCAACGAUUGAUGGUUUCCCCACCACUGUUACUUGCGGCCAAUUUAAUACCGUCAGUCUUUGGUACAGAUUGGUCGAUAGAAUACGGUAACGCAUCCAAUGGCUAUCUCUUUCGUAAUAUUCCACGAUUAUAUGCUAAUGGCACAUGCAACUGUACUGUUUCAACCAAUUGUCAUGAACCAUUGACAGUUGUUUCUCCUGGCCUUAUCUUACCAGGCCUCGUGAUCGGUUGUUUACCAAUGGAUGGACUACGCGUGUCAACUCUCGAAUGUUUCUUCUCGUCUAAUUGUGCCAACACGAUUUUUAGUUAUCUGCAAUACUAUACGUCACCAGAUAAGUCAUACCCGGUCAAUUUUACUUUGCCUGGAGUGCUUCCUUUGUUUCUUGAUCCACUAAAUAAGUCGAUUCCAUCUCGGUUUUCAUCGAUGACACUGAUCGGUGCAAUUAUCGAUGAGUUAUUCAUCGAGAAGUGA